AGGUCGUGAGCAGAGAGUUCAGACCACAGUACUGCAGUACUGCUGCUUUACGGCCACCUUAAAUCGACGGAUUUACUUCCGAACAAACAUGCUUAAACAAGACUCGGAGGCUGCGAACUCGUGCAUAUCUACAGAUAGGACGGGGCAGUAGGGUAGCAAAUCCAUCGAAUGUAGAAUGCUUUAUUUCCAGAUAAACAUGCAUGGGAUUGGGCUUGCACGCCAUUUCAGUAAAAUUUGUAUUUAAACUACAUAAGAAAGCCGGCUUCAGACCGGCGUUAGAUAUAUAUUAUCAAUUGCGCUGAUUUAAGUAUAUAUAUAUAUAUAUGUGUGUGUGUGUGUGUAAAACUGCACAGCUUGCAAACUCCCUGUUAUAUGUCUAUUUAUAAACAAACCAACUGAUCGGGAAUCGAAAUCCCUCGGAACACUUAUGAUUGAGCGUCGCGCUUCCCGGACAUGCAGUUGAACCACUGCGCACAAACGCCGGAAGUUCCUUGAUAGGACUGGAGGUUAACGAACUUUCGCACCGGAAGUCGCGAGAGAUAGACACAUUCUCUCCCCUCAUCUAUUUCCGGAAGCCGGUAUCCCGAAAAGAUGAAGCUCUUAACGCAUAAUAUGCUCACUUCGCACGUGCGGGGUGUUCGCCCCGGCGGGGGUUUCCCCCUUCGUAUUGAGGCCACGGAGGUGAAGGUGAACAACUUGGAUUUCAACCAGGAGUUCAUUGCACGGAUGGUUCCCAAAGUGGAGUGGGGGGCCUUGGUGGAGGCAGCUGAGAGUCUGGGUCACCGGUCUGACCUGCCAUCUGAGCCCAUUCCUGACUAUGAGAAGAAUGAGGAUUUUCUUCGGAAAGUACAUCAUGUGCUGAUGGAGGUGGAAGUGAUAGAAGGCAUGCUGAAAUGUCCAGACACCGGCCGGGAGUUCCCCAUCACUAAAGGCAUACCCAACAUGUUGCUGAGCGAAGAGGAGACCUGAAGGAGAUCAUUCUUUCAAAGGAAGUCCGGGGGUGGGGGGGUGGGUGGCACAGGGCCUUUUCUUGAGUAGAAUUUAAUCUCUUAUUUUUCUGUUUGGAAGGGAAACUUUUGUGGUUUCUGGGCAGGAAGAGAAGUUUAGCUGUUUCAUUUUGUUUGUAAAUAAAUGUUCAAUCUCUUAAGAA